AUGAACAAGUUUCUUCAUUGGUAUUCUUCAGAUAAAUUGCCGAAGAAGACAUUUGGAAGAAUGUUAACGGUUGUCUGUGUCGGAGAGAAACAUGAGGUGGACGACGUGGAGAGCGAAUACUCUUUGAAGAUCUCUCUUCAGCCUUUAAAACUAAAUAUUGAUCAGGAUUCCCUGAUGUUCCUGUAUACGUUCUUCAAUGAAAUCAGCACAACUGCUUCGCGCAAUCCACCGCCAACCUUCUCGGCAGCUCCCAGCCAGCACGCCACUCCCACAAGGACCGUCAGGAUUGCCACGCCAUCUCUCCAACGACAACAGUCUGCUGAUCUUUUGAAAUUCGAUGAUGACAACGAUGAUGAGAAACUUGUGAGCAACAUGGCAGAUCUGCUGCAGCAACAACACGUAGAUGACUCGGAGGAGUUGUUGGCAGACAGCAAACAAACCAGCAGACCCAUUUUCUUCAAAUCACUUCAGUUUGCCCCAUCUGUCCUCAUAAAAAUCGAUUACAGAGGUAAAAGAAUUGAGAACAACAGCCUCGUGAGCAUCGUCGCCGGCCUCACUCAACUCAGCUGCUCGCAAAUCACACUCAAAUCUCUUCAUUACCGACACGGAUUACUCGGUUUUGAAAAGUUAGUCUUGUAUAUGUUGAAUGAGUGGAUGGUCGACGUCAAACGAAAUCAGCUGACUGACUUCCUGUCUGGCGUCGGUCCAAUGAACUCUCUCAUUCAGUUAGUGAAGGGCUUCAUAGACUUGUUUUGGCUGCCACUGGAGCAGUACAGGAAGGACGGAAGAAUAUUGAAAGGACUGAGGAGAGGUACUCAUUCAUUCGCCACGUGCACCGCUCUGUCAGCUCUAGAACUCACCAACAAAAUGCUUCAAGCCAUACAGUUGGUGGCUGAGGCAGCCCACGACAUCGUCUCCACUGGACCGAGCAUCCAAUCGAAGAACAAACUGGUCAGCAAACGAUCGGGCCGACCGAUAGACGCCAGGGAUGGAGUGACAAAAGCCUGCGCCCUUCUGAGACAGGGGUUGGCCAACAGAUGUACUGAGUUUUGCAACGAAGUUAUCAAAGAACAUGAACAGAAAGGUGUCCCAGGGGUGAUUGGUGAAGUGGCCAGGCAGAUUCCUCCCACCGUGAUCGCUCCCGUCGUUUUGGCCGCUGAAGCAUCAGGGACGGUCCUCACUGGAAUAAGGAAUCAGUUGGUACCUGUCAGGAAGAAAGAGGACGAGGAUAAGUGGAAGGUCGACUCGAAAAAUAAGCUGUCAUUCCAAGAAUGAUUGUUGAGAUGAUGAUGCUGGUGAUGUUUAUAUUUAAAUAAAUCUGACGAUGACUGAUGGUAAUGAUGAAAGUGACAAAGUCAGUACUUACAACAAUGUGUGAAACGACUUGAAAGUUAUCGUGUAGGUGACGAAUUUGAUUAGUUGAUUGUGAUAACUGCACUGUUUUUUUUUUUUUUAUUUUUCUAUUUUGUCUAUUUAUCAUGAUUUUAUUUUAACAGGCUUUAAUAACUAACAGAUGAUUUAUUUUUCUCUUGACAUUUGCAUGUUAUAGCGAACUUAAAAUGAAAAAAAAUAUAUCUUAGUUCCUUUUGUACGUACACGUAUAAUUGUAUGUCUAAGUGUUUCUUUUUUUUAUGCGCAAAUGCUCUUCCUAGAUGAUUCGUUUCUAAAAUUCAUUUAAAAACAUUGCUAGUAUUAUAUUGGUCCUAUUGACAAUCAAUCAAUCUGCAUGAUUGGUUUGUGUGGCGUGUGUGCGUAUAUAUAUAUAUAUAUAUAUAUAUAUAUAUAAUACAUAUAUAUAUAUAUAUAAUAUGUGUGUUAAUUUAUAUAUGAUAGAUAAUUUUUCAUUUUAAAAUGCAAGCAUUGUUUUUAAAUGAAUUUAAAAUGUGUUUAUUUUUCACGCAUUUUGAACAGUCUGCAUAUUUUGGAUGCAUGUCGUUUGAAUUAUGCAAACUACCUCUGCGGAGUUCCGUGCGCGUGUGUGUCUGUGGUGAAGUCAAUGAGUAUCGAAGGAAGGUGACUACUAAUCACUUCAUCCUUGCAGAUGUUUCAUCAAUUUUCUUUUACGUUUUUUUUUCAAUUGACAGUUAACGUCACGAUUAAACUUGAUUAUUUAAUAAUUGGUAUUUAAUAAUUAUCAUUUACUUAAUGAAUAUUCAAUUGCUGGCGUUGUUAGGUUAUAUGUUCGAUGUUGCCAACGCAUUCGAUACAGUGUUAUUAUACGGAUAUAUAAUCAACGAUGCACAUGAUUGUGCCCUGUUGAAACAUUUUAUAGUAAAGAUAAUUCUAACGCAGCUGUUUAGAUAGUUAUAUUUAAAUGUUAAAUUAUCAAAGGGGCAAUAUUCUAAUUGUCCCGUUAAUUGCUGUCUAAUGUAUCGCCAUGUGUUAAUUACGUUCUUUCAAUUGAGAUGCAUCCUGCGACGAAUGCCUGCCUGCGUGGACGGCAUAAUAUUGAAUGCCGUGCCGCGCUUGUGGAAAUGUUUUAGAGGCGAUUACAUUAUAAGAAUGUUUUAUUAAUGGAAUGUUAAUGAAUGUUGCCUGCUUUGUAGAUUUGCAUUUUUAGUAUAUUUAUAUGUAACAUGAACAUUUGCGUAGCGCCCGUUGUAAAAUUGUGAUAUUCUAACAGGCGAUAUAUAUAUUUAGAUAUAUAAAAUGUGUGUGUAUGUAAAAGUUUUAUGUUUUGAACAUUCAUUUUUGAAACAUUUAUUUAUGCAUGCAGUCAUGACCGCAGUUCUCAACUUCAACGUAAUAUACAAUCAUCACAUGUCCUGUCAGUUGUGUAGGUGCUAUAAUUAUGUUUUUGCUCUUUGGUAGGCUCUUUGUAUUGGAUUAACAAAAUAAACUUAACACCAGUUUUUAAA